GCGGGCUGGAUGCCGGGGUCCGAGCGUCUCCCGGGCAGCCACGCACGCGCCGGCCCAGCGCACCGGUGAGUGCGGUGAGCCGGGUGCGCGAGUGCGCGCACGACCCGCCCGCCCCAGCCUGCAGGCCCGCCUCGCUGCUGGGGGAAGGUUGGGUCCGAGACGCCCGCGGUGCCCCUCCUGGCCGCGCGGAGCGCCGGCGCUGCCGGUUAAAGUGUAGCGGGGCUGGGCCGGGCCGCCGGCGCCAGCUCCUCCGACUCCGCCGCCGACCGUCCCGGCACUCAGACCGACCUGCCCACGACAAUCAAAAAUAACAUGAGGACUGGCCCUGCCCACCCCCACCCCCCAACCUCGAGCCUGAAUCCUUCACAUCUGGGUGUGAGGGCAAGUGAAUCAUCACAUUUCCCUGGGUGGAAGUAAGAGAACUUGGGCUUGGAAGCAUGUGGUGCGUCCUGCGAGGCUGGCGGGGAGGAUGCCUGGGCCCAUGGGGAGCCCUGGGGGCGCAGGGCCCCCGGGGCCUCCGCGCUCUGGCCAGCAAGCGCCCCCGGAGCCGCGGCGACUACAGCCACGUGGUGGUGGGUGCGGGCUCCGCCGGCUGCGUGCUGGCGGCCCGGCUCACGGAGGACCCCGAGCAGCGCGUGCUGCUGCUGGAGGCCGGGCCCAAGGACAUGUACGCGGGGAGCAAGCGGCUCCGCUGGAAGAUACACAUGCCCGCGGCCCUUGUGGCCAACCUGUGUGACGACACGUACAACUGGUGCUACCACACCGAGCCGCAGGCGGGCCUGGACGGCCGCGUGCUGUACUGGCCGCGGGGCCGCGUUUGGGGCGGCUCGUCGUCGCUCAAUGCCAUGGUCUACGUGCGCGGGCACGCGGAGGACUACGAGCGCUGGCAGCGCCAGGGCGCCGCGGGCUGGGACUACGCGCACUGCCUGCCCUACUUCCGCAGGGCGCAGGCGCACGAGCUGGGCGCCGGCAGGUACCGCGGGGGCGACGGGCCUCUGCGCGUGUCCCGGGGCAAGAGCGGCCACCCGCUGCACCACGCGUUCCUGGAGGCGGCACAGCAGGCCGGCUACCCCCUCACCGAGGACAUGAACGGCUUCCAGCAAGAGGGCUUCGGCUGGAUGGACAUGACCAUCCACGAAGGCAAGCGCUGGAGCACGGCCUGCGCGUACCUGCACCCAGCACUGAGCCGCCCCAACCUGACAGCUGAGACCCAGACGUUUGUGAGCAGGGUUCUGUUUGAAGGCCCCCGUGCAGUGGGUGUGGAGUACAUCAAGAACGGCGAGAGCCACAGGGCUUAUGCCAGCAAGGAGGUGAUUCUGAGUGGAGGUGCCAUCAACUCUCCACAGCUGCUCAUGCUGUCGGGCGUGGGCAAUGCAGACGACCUCAGGAAACUGGGCAUCCCGGUGGUGUGCCACCUUCCUGGAGUUGGCCAGAACCUCCAAGACCACCUGGAGAUAUAUAUCCAGCAGGCAUGCACCCGCCCCAUCACCCUCCACUCUGCACAGAAGCCCCUGAGGAAGGCCUGGAUUGGCCUGGAGUGGCUCUGGAAGUUCACAGGGUAUGGCGCCACAGCCCAUCUGGAAACAGGGGGUUUCAUCCGGAGCCAGCCUGGAGUCCCCCAUCCGGACAUCCAGUUCCAUUUCCUGCCGUCCCAGGUGAUCGACCAUGGGCGGGUCCCCCCGCAGCAGGAGGCUUACCAGGUGCAUGUGGGGACCAUGCGGGGCACAAGCGUGGGCUGGCUCAAACUGAGAAGUGCCAACCCCCACGACCACCCUGUGAUCCAGCCCAACUACCUGUCAACAGAAACUGACAUUAAAGACUUCCGCCUCUGUGUGAGGCUGACUCGGGAGAUUUUUGCACAGAAAGCCCUGGCACCAUUCCGGGGGAAGGAGCUCCAGCCGGGAAGCCACGUCCAGUCGGAUGCUGAGAUAGACGCCUUCGUGCGGGCGAAGGCGGACAGCGCCUACCACCCCUCGUGCACUUGCAAGAUGGGCCAGCCCUCCGACCCCACGGCAGUGGUGGACCCACAGACCAGGGUGCUCGGGGUGGAAAACCUCAGGGUGGUUGACGCCUCCAUCAUGCCCAGCGUGGUCAGUGGCAACCUGAACGCCCCCACCAUCAUGAUCGCAGAGAAGGCAGCCGACAUCAUCCAGGGGCGGCCAGCACUCUGGGAUGAGGGUGUCCCAGUCUACAAGCCCAGGACCCUGGCCACCCAGCGCUGAGGUCAGCCCUGCCCACGAGGGCCCAGCACAGCCCUUGAUCCAUGUGGACUUUCCUGAACCUGUCUGGAGCAUUAUCGUCCAGUGGCUGAGACUUGGAUAAUCUCCUAAGAAAUGGGACCAGUACUGGUUAAUGAACUGGCCUCUUCCUUACCAGCAUGUCCUUGCAGGCCUUCUGGGGCCCCUUCUCCCUGCCUCUGGGCAGGACAGCAAAGGGGAGGGGAGGCUGGUGCAAAACGGGCAACUCCUGGCAGGUCCUUGUCGCGCGCUCCGCAGCGCUCUCCAGUCCAGGGUCCUGCCGCCUUCCAGGGUCCGGCUGGGGGUUGGGGAUGGUGGGUCCUUCCCAGGCUCUGUCUGGAGGCAAGCCGGUCCAGGAGCAGGGAGCUUGCACAGAGCCCGGGGCAUCCUCCCCGUCUGGCUGAAAGCUGCACCAGAGGCCUGGAGUGAGGGAGCGUGGAGCUCAGCUGGGAUGUGUGACGAGCCUCCAACAUGCUUGGGCAGAGGAAAAGCUGCCUGCUGGAAGAAACAGGCUGCUGCUUUCUCUGCUGCUUCCUGACUUCACCCCCAGAGGGAGACAGGAACUGGUGUUCAGCUGGGUCCCUCCAAGGGGCUUAUAGGCCACCUCUACGAUGUUCUUGUUCUUCCUAACACCAUCAGCCUGGCUUCAGGAGUCUGCAGGGUCUCUUUACUACCAUGGGUUUUAGGAUUUAGCAUUUUCAAAGAUCUUCCUGUUGCCAGGAAACCUAGAAACCCAGAGCAGACCUGUACCCCAGCCUGCUCUGCGCAAAGCCCGGGGAGACGGGGACUGAGCAGCGGUCACGGCUGGCUAAUUCUCAUUCUCCAGAUGUCGCCAGCAACAGACCAGGUGGGAGCCACACCAACGGAUAAAGCAGUCAAGUAGAGCUAUGAUCCUCAUCCUGAAAAAAAAAAAAAACGCAAUUGAUUUAAAGACAAAUGAAUUGGCGAAGAUUUGAGCUUGGGGGGAAAACAAAGUAACAUUUAAAACAGAUCUCUGAUCUUUAAACUUCAACUCAAUAAGGCAACCCCAUAACUUACUUUUGAACGGAGAUGCAUUAUCCAGACUGUUGUUACAAGGUAAUGAACAUGGGGAUGCGUUUUGGAUUGAUUUUUCUGACUAUAUCCAGAAGCCCCUGUCUGGCAAGAAGAAAGGGAACUCCCGUUUGGAAACCUGCCCCACUGGACCCAGAAUCAGAGGGAAGGAAGAUGGAACAUUCCAGGCUUUAACCCAGAUCACAGGGGGUUGAAGUGCCUUGGAGGCCCCACGGUUGAGAAAGAUUUCUAGAAAGGUGGAAAGAAGAAAGCCAUCACACUGGCCUGCCUUUAAAAAUGUUAGAGUAAAAUCUCAUUUGAUCUUA